AGUUGUGCUGCUAUGUCCUCCUUUUCCUCUCAUUCAACUUGAAACAAUUGCUGCACUUUUCUCUGCCCCUCUCUCUCUCUCUGUGUCUCUCUCUGCCCGACUGUCUCUGUUUCCUUUUGUUUCUCUGGCUCCCUCUUUUCGUUUGCCUUCUGUUUUAUGUGAGCAGAGCAACUGACUGAAUAUCUAUUUGGAAUCAACAUUUUACAUGCUGGAUUUGGAUUUGAACUUUGGCCGGAGAAUCGGUCUCUUUUCACCAUCUCAGGGUCCUGAAUCCUCCCCUGAGCGACACUUACUUCACGCUCCCACGGCAACUGUGUAACUACGGAGCGCAGGCAUGGGGCAGAAUUCAGGCAAAAAACAAACAGUGUUGUCAUCAGAGAGGGGCCACUGAGGAGUACUUCAGAAGUGGACAGAAAAAGAGGACUUCAUGGAUGAGACUGACUUACAUCUCUGUGGAUGAUUUUCGUCUUGUGGCUGUGGAUAACAAGAAAAUAUUAAAAAGACAAAACUUGUCUGAGAAGAAAGUCUUUGGCGGAUGGGAAUCUUCUACAUUUUCCAUGAUUUGUGUGUCAACAGAGCUUAAUAUUUCCCUGUUUGAGUAUUUCUGCCAGAAACUAUUGGCUAACGAAGCUGUUGACAAAAGUUGGAAACAAGAGUGUGUGUGUGUGUGUGUGCAGAGUGUGAGCUGGUGUUUGGGUUAUCUGAGAGUGCUGGUACAGUUGUGGCAGAACCUCAGUCAGUGCAUUUGUUUACACAAGAGGUUCACCGUAUGUGAUGCGUGGUCCUGAAGGUGCAAGCUGUCUCUCUGUCCUUCACACGGGAAGACACAGGGAGGGACAGACAUGUGUUUCCAUGGCGACAAGUGGCUGUAGCCCCUUCCUCAUGUGCUGGGACAGAGAAUAUGACAGACACCUAGCAGCUGCAGUGUCAGCAAAGAAAACCAUGGCGACAGCAUACCUGGAACCAAACCUGAAUCAUGCCCUCGUCGGAGGCGCCAAAUCACGUCUUAGUGCAGGGGGGUCAGACCGAACCAUAGCUGGAUCUGUGGACAGGGUUCUCAAAGUCUUCCAUCACUUCGAGACCAACACUGAGAACAGCUGCUGGUCGUCAAACAUCAGAUAUGGAGAUGCAACUGAUGUCAGGGGAAUCAUCCAGAAAAUUCUGGACAUUCAUAAAGUGCGCUGGAUAUCUUGUUUUGGCCUGCGGCUCAGCAACAGCCAGUCCGGAGACCAGGUGCACUGGCUCCACCCAGAUUUAGGCGUUUCUCACGUUAGAGAGAAAUAUGAACAGGCACGACCAAAUGAGGAGUGGAGGUAUGAAUUAAGGAUCCGGUAUCUUCCAAAGGGCUUUGUGCAGCAGUUUGCAGAAGACAAACCUACACUCAAUUACUUCUACCACCAGGUAAAGAAUGAUUACAUGAUGGAGAUCGGGGAUCGGGUAGAACAAGAUGUAGCUCUCAAACUUGGCUGUCUAGAAAUCAGGAGGUUCUUUAAAGAGAUGAGAGGAAAUGCCUUAGAUAAGAAAUCCAACUAUGAACUACUGGAGAAAGACGUAGGUUUGAGGCGUUUUUUCCCAAAAGACUUGUUGGAUUCAGUCAAGGCUAAAACUCUUCGUAAGUUGAUCCAGCAGACCUUCAAGCAGGUAGCCAAUCUCAAUGACGAGCAGUGCAUCCUGAAGUUCUUGGAGAUACUUGUUCCAGUCCACCGUUACGACAAGGAGUGCUUCAAAUGUGCCCUUGGGUCCAGCUGGGUGAUUCAGGUGGAGUUAGCCAUCGGGCCAGAGGAUGGGAUCAGCUACCUCACAGAUAAGGGAUCCACACCUACGCAUCUAGCUAACUUUAACCAAGUUCAGUCCAUCCAGUACUCAUCAAUGGAGGAGAAGGACAGGAAAGGCAUGCUACAACUCAAUGUAGCCGGAGCUGCUGAGCCUCUUACCGUUACAACCAUGUCACUGACCAUGGCGGAAAACAUGGCGGACCUAAUAGACGGUUACUGUCGCCUCGUCUCCAUGGAAACUCAUUCCUUCAUCGUCAGAGUUCAGAAAGAGGGAGAGAGAGCACUGCCGUCCAUCCCAAAGCUGUCUAACAAUGAGAAAAAGUUGGAAGCAGUCAGAAGUGGAGUAAGAGCGAUCUCUGUCUCAGAACUCGUGACAUCGACAUCUCCUAAGCCAACCAAGGCACGACGUUUCCUCCUCCCCUUUGUCUUCUGUUCAGAUUCGCAACCCCAUGAGGAUCUUAGUGGUGAUGAGACUGAUGACUAUGCAGAGAUAGUCGAUGAAGAGGACACGUACACCAUGCCCUCCAUGAGCUAUGGAGUAGUUGAAGCUCGGGACUAUGAGAUCCAGAGGGACAGGAUAGAGUUGGGCCGCUGCAUUGGUGAGGGUCAGUUUGGAGAUGUGCACCAAGGAGUCUAUAACAGCCCGGACAAACCAGCUCUACCUGUCGCCAUUAAGACCUGUAAGAACUGUACCUCAGACAGUGUCAGAGAAAAGUUCCUUCAAGAAGCAUUGACGAUGCGUCAGUUUGACCAUCCUCACAUUGUUAAGCUUAUCGGGGUGAUAACAGAGAACCCGGUGUGGAUCAUCAUGGAGCUCUGUACUCUCGGAGAGUUGCGUUCAUUCCUUCAGGUGAGGAAGUACAAUCUGGACCUGGCCACUCUCAUUCUGUUUGCCUACCAGCUCAGUACAGCGCUGGCCUAUCUGGAGAGCAAACGCUUUGUUCACAGGGACAUCGCAGCCCGUAAUGUGUUGGUCUCAUCAGUGGACUGUGUGAUGCUCGGAGACUUUGGUCUGUCACGAUACAUGGAGGACAGCUCUUACUACAAAGCUUCUAAAGGUAAACUUCCUAUCAAGUGGAUGGCACCUGAAUCUAUCAACUUCAGGAGGUUCACUUCAGCCAGUGAUGUCUGGAUGUUUGGUGUUUGCAUGUGGGAGAUCUUGAUGUUCGGCAUCAAGCCCUUCCAGGGAGUCAAGAACAAUGACGUGAUUGGCAGGAUAGAGAACGGUGAGCGACUGGCCAUGCCUCCUCAGUGCCCACCCACACUCUACAGUUUAAUGACCAAAUGCUGGUCAUAUGACCCGAGCAAGAGGCCACGGUUCACUGAACUCAAAACACAGCUCAGCACCAUACUGGAGGAAGAGAAACUUCAACAAGAGGAGAGACUUCGAAUGGAGAUGAGAAGACAAGUCACUGUGUCCUGGGACUCUGGAGGGUCUGACGAAGCGCCGCCUAAACCCAGUAGACCAGGUUACCCCAGUCCUCGCUCCAGUGAAGGCUUCUUCUCCAGCCCCCAGCACAACCACUUUCAGCCAUCAGCCCAUGGUGGAGUAGGAGGCAGCUACCCUCCUGCAGAGUCCUGGAAUCAACUCAGACCUGAACACACUGCACUGUGGAGCCCUAACAUGGAGGAAAGUGGGUGUGUUGGCCAUGCUCUGAUGGAGGAGAGGCUGAUGAUGCAGCAGCAGCAGAUGGAGGAUGACCAGCGAUGGCUGGAGCAGGAGGAAAGCUUCAUGAAGACAGAGUCUAGAAACAGCAGAGGAAGCAUCGACAGAGAGGAUGGCACACUACAAGCACCGAGUGGAAGCCAACACAUCUACCAGCCUGUAGGGAAACCAGAACAUGUAGCUCCUCCUAAGAAGCCACCCCGUCCCGGAGCUCCUGGUCACCUAGGCAACCUGGCCAGUCUCUGCCCUGUGGACAGCUACAAUGAGGGGGUCAAGCUACAGCCUCAGGAGAUCAGUCCACCCCCCACUGCCAACUUGGAUCGCUCCAACGAUAAAGUGUAUGAGAAUGUGACAGGGCUGGUGAAAGCUGUGAUCGAGAUGUCUAACAGGAUUCAGCCUGCAGCACCAGAGGAGUACGUCCCCAUGGUCAAGGAGGUAGGUCUGGCUCUGAGGACUCUGCUAGCUACAGUUGACGAGACGAUUCCUGUGCUGCCAGCUAGCACACACAGAGAGAUUGAAAUGGCCCAGAAAUUAUUGAAUUCAGAUCUGGCAGAGCUGAUAGCAAAGAUGAAACUGGCCCAACAGUACGUCAUGACGAGUUUGCAAAAGGACUACAAGAAACAGAUGCUCAUGGCAGCUCACGCCCUUGCCGUCGACGCCAAGAACCUGCUGGAUGUCAUUGACCAAUCGCGGCUCAAGAUGAUCACCCAGACCCGCCCACAUUAGCCCAGGACCCAUUUGCGCCCGGGUGGCUGCAGGGUCAAGAGGUCAUGUUGCUGUGGAGUGCAGUGGAAGAGAACAUUAACAUGGAUAUUGAUGAUGGAUGGAUUAAAAUUGACUGAUGGACAGCUGACAUGACUGACACAAACAAUCAGAUCUCUCUUCUUCCACCUCAAAAACAGUGAUCACAAGUUUUGAGUUCACAGUCAUGAGUUGGUCCAUUAUUGUGUUGUUUUUGUACUUUUGUUGCAUUAUUUUUAAUUUUAUAUCCAGAGAAACAAUCUUCUCUCCCUUCACGUAUCCUGAAAAAAAAUCCUCCAUUACAACGUUUUUAAUAAUCAAUGAAGAGAAUGAGGUUUCAGAGGCUCGCUGUGCAGGAUUGUACAGACAUUUGUGGUGAACUGACGCAGCAUCACACACAAAACACAAGACUCUCCACAAUAGGCAAGAUUCGACAACUGGAACUGAAGAGCCAGACAGCAGAGGAUAAUGAAGAUGAUUUCACAAUGUUGUUGUUUAAACAUGCUUUUAUAUCAGUAUUAAUUAUUAUUAUUGUUGCUAGUUUAAGCCUUGACUCUUUCUAAAGCAGUUUCUCAGUCUUCCUCUUGACACUUGUAUGAGCACACAUUGAUUUACAGCACAGCUGCUCAGAAAUGUCUUGAUUUCAACUUCUUUCCCCUCCCCCCCAUCUUCUUCCCUGUGUCUCUCUAUCUCAGGCAUCAAGACAUAAAAAUGAAAUAUGAAAGGUGUCUUCUUAUGAAUCAAAACUGCCACGGGCCACUUUUUAAGUUAACAAACAUAGUAAAUAUACAAAGAAUCUAUAUUUUUAACACACUUCUAAGACAUGAGUUUCAAGUGAAUAAUGGAGGUGGAUGAAAGGGGGAGAGUGAGGGGAUGGAGGAGUGGGGGGAGGUGGACGGAGGGUAAUUUUUUUCUGCUAUCAUGGAGGUGCUCACUAAACUUUACUUUAGGUCACCCAGUGCCAAAUGAAUAGAUUACAAAAAGGAACAUUUCACUCAAAAUGCAGAUUAUGUAGAAUUCAAGAAGCCAUUCUUUUGAGCCAUCGACAUAUUGUUGUAUCAAUCAUAUUUCUUUCAGUUCUUGUUCAUUUUCAAUGUAUCUAUGAAAAAAGGUUGAUCUUAAAUCUGUUUGUAUUUAGAUCUGUUGAUCUUUAUUAGGGUGUAACUGGCUGCACUGAAAGUGAAUUGGUCCAUAAUUCUGCCUUUUUUUUGUAGCAAAUUUCUCUUAAAGCAAAAAAAUUGUUACUUUUUGGGCUGCAGGCUGAAAUGGGACACAGGUCUUGUUCACAUGGUUUAUGAUUCACAAUGUGUCCAAAAUUAUUUGUUGUUUCUCUCUUCCCUCAGUCUUCCCGUCUUCCUCCUCUUCUGGAGUUAUUUAUACCUUUUUAUUCCCUCUCUUCUGUUGUCAUUUCUUUCAGCUCGGCCUUCCUCUCCUCCCUCCCUUGUUUCGCUCCCUCCAUUCCUCUGUUCCCUUUCCUCCAUGGUGAGCAGUAUUCUCAGGAAGGAGCCACAUGUACAGUUGCUAAACUAAGCAAAUAAAACACUGUUAUCAUGCA